AUGAAGGACCAGCAGGUGCAGGAAUGGAUCAUGCAGGAGCCUUACCCGGGAACAACUUUUUUGGAGGUUGAUGGUCUGCAGAAUAAGUCCAAAGGAGAAACACAACGGUUCCCUUUGGAAGAAAAACAGCAGAGAAGAAACACUGGAAUAAAAUGGAAGAGGGGGAAUGAAUCCUCUUCUUCUUGGGGUGCUGAAUAUCACGUGCUUGAUGCACAAUGGAGAAUCCAUACAGAGGAGAAACCAUAUAAAUGCUUGGAGUGUGGAAAGGGCUUUGUUCAGAGUAACCACCUUACUGCCCAUCGACGAAUCCACACAGGGGAGAAACCAUAUAAAUGCUUGGAGUGUGGAAAGAGCUUUGCUCAGAGUACCCACCUUAGUGGCCAUCGACGUAUCCACACAGGGGAGAAACCAUAUAAAUGUUUGGAGUGUGGAAAAAGCUUUGCUCAGAGUACCCACCUUAGUGGCCAUCGACAAAUGCACUCAGGGGAGAAACCAUAUAAGUGCUUGGACUGUGGGAAGGGUUUUGCUCGGAGUGAGAACCUUACUGCCCAUCAGCGUAUCCACACUGGGGAGAAACCAUAUAAAUGCUUGGAGUGUGGGAAGAGCUUUACUCAGAGUACCCAUCUUACUGGCCAUCGACGUAUCCACACCGGGGAGAGACCAUACAAAUGCUUGGAGUGUGGAAAGAGCUUUGCUGAAAGUUCAUCACUUAAUAAACAUCAACGUAUCCACACUGGGGAGAAACCGUAUAAAUGCUUGGAUUGUGGAAAGAGCUUUGUUCGGAGUUCACACCUUACUAAACAUCAUCGUAUCCACACUGGAGAGAAACCAUAUAAAUGCUUGGAGUGUGAAAUGAGCUUUACUGAGAGUUCAUCACUUAUUAGACAUCAACGUGUCCACACUGGAGAGAAACCGUAUAAAUGUUUGGAGUGUGGGAAGAGCUUUGCUGAGAGUGGAAAUCUUGCUGCUCAUCAACGACUCCACACUGGUGAGAAACCAUAUAAAUGCUUAGAGUGUGGAAAAAGCUUUGCUCAGUGGAAAUCGGAAAAACAGAUGCAGCCUCCGGCGGGGCGAAGGGAGGAGGAGAUCCUCCGGGCCCUCUGUGCAGAGAGUCAACCUAGCGGUUGA